ACGGCCUGCAGGUAUUCUCCAUGCUGGUGGUCCUACAGACCUCCGUCUUCACUGGCAUCUUCUUCCUCGUCCUCAUGCUCAGCAUCGCUGCCGAGCUGCACGUGCUCAACGACAGCAUUGCCGGGAACAGCGGGCAGGAGUCGAGCUCUCCCAGGGGACAAUGCAGUUUGCCCGCGAUGGAAAGCCACCGUGCUCCUGAAGUAGAUGCUGCAAACGAUGGCACAGUCACCAGUUUUGAGAGAAGCUACUUGCAGAGACAGAUGUAUUGCGGCUUGGCGAACAACAUUCGGCAUCAUCAGUUGAUUAUAAGAUGUGUCAAGGAACUGGAGGCUAUAAUGAACCUGCCCAUCUUCGUUCUUUUGUUUCUACACAUGGUGAACAUCUGCGCACAGAUCUUCGUCACCUCUCUCCUGUUGCAGAAGGACAAUGACUCGACAACGCUUUUCAAGGUGUUGUUCACGCUGCCGAUUUAUCUGUAUGAGACUGGACUUUACUGCGUGUUUGGUCAAAUCAUUAUCGACCAGAGCGAUCGGCUGUCCAGCUCGGCCUACAGCGGCACCUGGCUGCAGGGCGACGUGCGUCUUCGGAGGGCGCUGCUGUUGCUGACGUCACGUGCCGUCCACCCCCUCACUAUAACCGUGGGCAAGACCUACACGCUUUCCAGGCACACCUUUCUCCAGAUUCUUAAUGGCUCGUACUCUCUCUUCAACAUGCUGUAUCAAGUGCAAGGCAACAAGUGAAGGAUGUAAUCUGGAAGAAUAGACAUUGUCGUAAUGGACCUACCCUCAGCUCAUGAAAUAUGAAAAGACAACCACAUUACUAGAAAAUGCAUGCACAGCCACCAGCAGGUUGGGGGCAGCCUCCGACAAGUCAUAGUACCAA